CCCAGGCGGCGAGAGCGGCAGGCGGGGAAGGAGGCAGCGGCGCCCCAGAAGCCGGACGGAGACGCCGCGCACAGCAGCCGCGGCCGCCGGAGGGAGGCGGAGGACGGCGGGAAGGAGGCGCAAGUCACUCCUUUGGUCGGGGCUGGUUAGUGGCACCUGUGCCAGACAACCAAGUGGGCAGCCUUUGGAUCCUGAGUUCAAGUAUUGCUCCAGGCUCAGAGUCUUACAGGUCCCCCAAGGUGACUGAUCUAUGAAAUGGCAGAAAAUGGAACAGAUUGUGACCAGAGGCGCGUAAGAAUGAGCAAAGAACAGCACAAUGGGAACUUUACAGAGCCCUUUUCAUCAAAUGAACAGAAGCAAAAAGAACGAGAAGAACGGCAGAGUAUUGUACUCUGGAGGAAGCCUCUCAUUACCGUGCAGUAUUUUUUCCUGGAAAUGCUAAUAAACUUGAAAGAAUGGACCAUAAAGUUGUGGCACCGUCGAAGUAUCGUGGCGUCUCUUUUGUUGCUACUUGUGGUUCUUAUGUCUGCGUAUUAUAUUGAAGGAGCACAUCAACAGUAUGUGCAGUAUACGGAGAAAAAGCUCUUAUGGUGUGCCUACUGGGUAGGCUUAGGCAUUCUGUCCUCGGUUGGACUUGGAACAGGUCUUCAUACCUUUCUGCUCUAUUUGGGUCCACACAUUGCUUCAGUGACUCUUGCUGCAUAUGAAUGUAACUCUGUGGACUUCCCUGAGCCACCCUACCCUGACCAAAUAAUCUGCCCUGAUGUGGAGGGCGUUGAAGGAUCAAUUUCGUUAUGGACCAUCAUCUCCAAAGUCAGGCUGGAGGCCUGCAUGUGGGGUGCUGGUACGGCUAUUGGGGAGCUGCCCCCAUACUUCAUGGCCAGAGCAGCCCGCCUCUCUGGAGCAGAGCCUGACGACGAGGAGUACCAGGAAUUUGAGGAAAUGCUAGAACAUGCGGAGGCUGCACAAGACUUCGCCUCCCGUGCAAAGCUGGCCGUCCAGAACCUCGUGCAGAAAGUUGGGUUUUUUGGUAUCCUGGCAUGCGCUUCAAUUCCAAACCCUCUCUUUGAUCUGGCGGGGAUAACAUGCGGACACUUUCUGGUACCCUUCUGGACUUUCUUCGGUGCCACCCUGAUCGGAAAAGCAAUAAUCAAGAUGCACAUCCAGAAACUUUUUGUGAUUAUAACGUUCAGCAAACAUAUAGUGGAGCAGAUGGUGUCUCUAAUUGGCGCCAUCCCAAGCAUAGGUCCUUCUCUUCAGAAGCCCUUCCGAGAAUAUUUGGAAGCCCAGAGAAUGAAGCUCCACCACAAGGCGGAUGGAGCGCCUCAGGGCGAAAACUGGCUCUCAUGGAUGUUUGAAAAAUUGGUCAUUGUGAUGGUGUGCUAUUUCAUCUUGUCGAUCAUUAACUCCAUGGCUCAGAGUUACGCCAAGCGACUCCAGCAGCAGAUGAACUCUGAGGAGAAAACCAAAUGAGCUGUGGAUGCGAAGGGAUGGGGGGGGGGAGGGUGAGCCCCAAAAUUAAAUUGGACGACCAGCUUCGUACUAAAAAAAAAAACUGGCAUUGAGAAAAGGGGGGGGCACUUCUGAGCCGUUCUGGCUGCUCUUAUGGAUGAUUUUUUUUUAAAAAAAAGAAAACGUAAUUCUGCCGUUAUUAAACCAUUCUCCUUGACCAAUGUUUGCCUGUUUAAGGUAAAGUACACGGCUUUUGUUUGAAUUUUGUCCGGGUUAAAACAUUAACGGGGGGAUGUUUAAGCUCUUCUUUUAAUCUAGUUGCUCUUCACGCCAAGUACUUCCAAAGUCAAUGAUUUUGAGUAGUGUGGGGCUUUCCCUUAAUAAAUGCCAUGCCACAAAGGUUAACAUUGAAGGUCAGCAUUUCCAUCCUUCCUCCUUGGUGUCCAGAUCCAUCGAGGUCUUACAUUAAAAUAGUCUUAGAUUGGCUUGAUUGUCUCACCGAUGUGCAUGUCCCUCCAUGGGAACAGUUUCAAAUCUGAUCUCGGUUCCCAGCAUUCUCCGUCUCAUUUGUGUUCGGGGGGGGGGAGGGGAGGGGAGGGGGGCGGGCAGCAGGCAAUGUGGAAACGGAACAUUUUUAAACUUCAUAAUGGUUGUGAGCAGAGAGGCAGGUGAUGUCAAACUGCUGUCUUUUUUAAAAUACUGUAUAUUUAGAAUGAAGUUAAGAUGAUAAAAUUUAUAAAACUACCUUGGAUCAUUCCAGACCUUUUUGUCUUGGUCUUUUAAAGCUCCCCUCUCCCUCCUCCUCCGUCUUCUAUCACUUCUCGUGUUCUGAUCUUGCCUGUGGUCUCUUUGCAAAGUUUAGCCCCACUGUUAAGGCUUUCUAUGAUCCUUCUCAGGAAUUCUUGAAUUUUUCCCAGGAAUGUCUUGCUUGGCCGAAGGAGGCAGAAAGCAUGGAUCUCGAAAUGGCUCAGUUCAUUUUAUUUCUUUAACUGACAGUUAGUAGUGUGUGUAUGUGUGUGUGUUUUUUAAUUGUUUUAAUUCUUAUAAUGCUUGCAUAGCAUUGUUAGGGAAUGCACAAGAAGAUGUUUUUCUCUGGUGCCGGAAAGGUGACAGGAAUAAA